UUUGUCAGUUUUUUUCCUGUGGUCGCGAUGGGCGUGUCGUCUUGUGAUUGACGUCACACUACAGGAAGUAAACAUUAGCUCAUAGUUAUCUUUGUGAUCGAAAUAGCGCAGAUAUUAUUCUAUUUUACGAAGAUGGCGUGAGCGGCACUUUUCAUCGUGACAGCGUCAAGCCAACCCUCAAAGCAUGGCGGAGGUGCUUGGACAGAAGUGUUUGGUGGUCUUGGGUGUACUGCUGACUUGGCUGGUGCUUUUUCAUCUGCUUGUUAAUAUCUGGCUGCUGUGCAUGUUCACCAGCCUGCUGGUGGUACUUGGUGGGUGGCUUGGCUCACAGGCGAUUUUGGAAUCCAACAGCGUGAUUCACUUGGAGAGAUUUAUCACACUGGAACAGAUUCCUUCCACUGAGGAGGAUAAGCAUGACUUGGAUCAAGAGAUUUAUAAUACUGUGGGGAAAAUCAUCAGGGACUUUGUUUCCUCCUGGUACUCGACUGUGUCCUCUGAGAGUGGCUUUGAAAAGGAGGUUGAAGAGGCUAUGAUAUCCAUGGGCAUUGAGCUGAAAAUGCGUGCAAAGCAGCUGGACAGAAAGGGACUGACCCAAAGGAUCUUGGAGCUGUUUGGUUGCCAUCUACAGGACUACCUUAGAGCCAGGGAUCUGGUUAUCCAGCAGCAGGUUUCUUCAAGAAGGAGCAAUAACAGCAAGAAAUUGUGGAUGGCGUAUUCUGGUAUUACUACAACUCAUUUUGUCAUGACCAGUGAGGCAGCAGAAGUCGAUUACACACGAGCAAUGGUGGACUUACUGCUGCAUGUUUUAGUGCCGCGGCCUUACUUGGAAACACGCACUGGACAAUUUGUUGUUGGAGAGCUCAUCACUUGCAACGUCUUGCUCCCCCUUUUUGAUAAAUUGUCUGACCCUGACUGGCUGAAUCUUCUCGUGAUGGAAAUAUUUGGCAGAUCUACUAAAGCAAAGGCGAUGAAUGGAGAAGAGCGCGUAAAUUCAUCAUUAGCCCCAACACCUACAGAAAUAAAACUCACUCUUUCGCAAGAGACCACUUUGGCAUUUCAGAAUAAUACUGAUGUCUGUCUGCCAAAAGCUCAAACUGAAACAGGAACCCAUGCAGAUAUGGCCAUGCAUGAACUAGCGGUAUUUGAUAGGGAUGAGUCAGAGAUUGUGGACUGUCAAAAGACCAAUACUGAAGAUGAGACAAUUCAUUUGUUCUCAAGAAAUUUGGUGAGAAGAAGCAAAUCAAAUCUAUUUUACCAAGAACAUGAUUCUGAUUUGGACUCUCCGUUAAGUGACUACAAACAGAGUUCCAUUGACUCGCUGGUCAUGAUCGGACAAGAGGAGAGCUUUUAUGACCAACAGAAAAUAUGUGGUACAUCUGUUGACAGCAACAAUAGCAAUGACUUGGAGGAUGUUUGCUUCAUUCAAGAAGGUGGCUCUUGUCUUAGAGGGGCAAAUUCAGAGACAUUAGAGUAUCUGAAUGACCCAAUGGAAAAGAGUGCAGAGAGCACUCCCAUCGGUAGCCUUCAAAACCUUGAGAGUGAAGGUAGCUUUGCUUCAACAACGCUAGUGGGGGAGUUUCCUCUGGUUGUAGAACCGCCUGGGAACACCAAUGAAGGUAUUGUCAUGAGCCCAGUACCAGGUUCCUCACCCUUACCUUCAUUUAGUUUUGAGCCACUUAUCAGCCCUGAUGGACCAAUCAUUAUCCAAAACCUUCGAAUAGCUGGAACCGUCACAGCUAAGGAACACCGUGGCACCGGCUCACACCCUUACACUCUUUACACCAUCAAGUAUGAGACAGCGAUGAGUUGUGAAGCCACUGUGCAAAUCCAACCAUGCUCUGAGGAUGGCAACACAUUGCACAUAGGUUUCGAAAGCUCUUCUUCUAUUCAGCCUGUGGCCUAUCACAUGGUCAACAGGCGAUACAGUGAAUUUCUUAACCUCCAAACAAGAGUGGAAGAGAAAACAGACCUAAAGAAAUUAAUCAAAGGUGUAAAGGGUCCAAAGAAAAUAUUUCCUGAUAUGCCAUUUGGAAACAUGGACAGUGAUAAGAUCGAGGCUCGAAAAGGAAUGCUUGAGACGUAUCUCAAGCAUCUCUGUGCUAUACCCGAAAUAGCCAACAGUGAACAGAUGCAAGAGUUUCUGGCUCUGAAUACGGAUGCCCGGAUUGCCUUUGUCAAAAAACCUUUUAUUGUGUCACGCAUUGACAAGAUUGUGAUGAAUGCAAUUGUGGACACCCUGAAAACCGCUUUUCCUCAUUCGGAGCCACAGAGCCCAACUGAGGAAAAUGAAGGCGAGGUGAUCUUGGACAAAAAGAGCAAGUCACGUCUGAAAUUCUCCAGUAGAAGCAUCCCCUUUAUGAAUGGCUCAGAUAUUAGACUACCUGUAUUGUUCAGCUCGGAACAAACUCACACUAUGUUUAAUGGGAUGUCUAUGGAGGAUCUGCAAAGUUUUAUCUCAAAACAAGAGAAACUAUCUAUCACACUUCUGCCAACUUGUGGGGAUGAUUCAAAGGUUACACAAAGAGGACACAGCUGGCAUGAAUGCUCUACUGGUAGUCAAAGACAUGCUGAAACAGCUUUGGCUGACAUAGCUUUGAACAUCCUGUGUCUGCUCAUGAGAGAGCAGUGGAGUUGGCUUUGCACUGAGAAUAUUCAAAGGACCAUCAGGCUACUUUUUGGGACCCUGAUUAACAGAAUAUUAAUGCUUGCAUAAACGAAGCCGAUGGCACUGCGAGUACCUAAUGACAGCUUGAUGUUCGAGGUGAGGACGAGCUCAGGGAUGGAUGAUUCGAAGCCUGUCAGCGGCUUCCUCAGGGAAUGACCUCUGUCUUUCAAUGUUUUUUUUUUCUGUUUUUUUUUUUUUGCUUCACUAUUCAAGGGAUCUUUCUCUGGCAUUUAUUUGUCUGCACAUGUUUUGUAGACAUACAUUAAUGAGACUUAUUUCUCAUUAUACAUUUUUUAAAAAGCCCUUUUUUUAUUAUUUGGUUAAACCUCCAACAUUUAAUAAUCCGACAAGUUUUUUAAAGAAGUAUCUUUUGCAAGAGAGGCCAUUUGCAUGAGUGUUUUGCAGGCAUGUAUAUAUUGUAGUCAUAUAAGAUUGUAUACUUAUUAUAAUAAUGUUUAAUUAAUAAUUUCAGCAAUGAGCAUGCUUUGUGAGUGGAAUGGUUGGUACACUAUCCAUCCAUCCAUCCAUUUUCUACCGCUUAUUCCCUUUCGGGGUCGCGGGGGGCGCUGGCGCCUAUCUCAGCUACUAUCGGGCGGAAGGCGGGUUAUAAAUAAUGUAUUAGAACUUUUUUUUUAAAAACUUUGAUAAAAAUUAGUCUAGACACAAUAUGGCCUGUGCUAGUGAUGGGAUUUUUUUUUUUUUUUGACUUGGGUCAAUAAAAAGAGGUCGCUCCAGAA